UUGCAAACCUAACCCUUUGUUAUUUUUCUAAUGGGAUCCUAUCCUUUGUUCUCAUGUUCGCGUCGCGGUUCUCUGUUGAUUGUUGUUGAGUCGUGGUCUCUCUCCUCUCCUUCCGCCCCUCUCUCUCUGCUCUCUCUCCUCUAACCUCACACUCUCUCUCCAUCUCUAGAGUCUUUCUGCGACUAGUACCCACUCCUCCAUCAAUGGUAGAAUGGUUCAAUGCCUGGGAAUAUUUCUUCGAGUGAUUCCUAUUAUUGACUUCUCUGUGAUUCCAUAUGAAAGAGCCAAUCUCUCACCGUCAAAGGCUAUCAUCAUUCUUUUGAGUUAAUUAUUCUAUAAAUUGAGCGGCUCUUUUGAAGCAUUAGGGCUUCCAAAUUCCCAUCAGUUCUUUCUCUCUCUUCUCCAAAACGGCACAAAACAAUUAGGUGCCAUGUUCCAGAACCAGCCUCCCAGGCCUUCUUCCUUCAAAGGCUACCUCAAAGCCCUAGAAGCAGACAUACAGCACGCCAACACUCUUGCGGAUGCUGUUCAUAAUGUUUAUGGUGGUGCAUGGCUGCAGAUGAAGCUUUCAUAUAGCCCCAUGGCUCCAGUUUUCCUCUUUCUGCUGCAGUGGGUGGAUUGUAUCCCAAUUUAUGUUCUUCCCAGUUAUUUAGGGCUUCUCCAAAUCGUUAUAUAUAAGGUUAAUGCUGAAGAGAAAUCUACACUAUCACCAUAUGAGAGGGGAGCCAGCAUUAAAGAAUUUUAUGCUAUCAUUUAUCCUUCACUUAAACAACUUCAAAGUGAGUUUGUGGAGAAGGAAGAGUCAUGCGAUCGAGGUAGAAACAAAGAGAUUGUUGGGAGGAAGAGAGGAGAAGAGUGGAGGAAGAUAUCCGAUAAAGACCGGGAUAGAGAUGAUGAGUGUGGUAUUUGCAUGGAGAUUUGCACGAAAAUGGUUUUACCAAGUUGCAAUCAUGCUAUGUGUAUAAACUGCUUCCAUGACUGGAACAAAAGGUCACAGUCGUGCCCAUUUUGUAGGGGAAGCCUCAAGAGAGUUCGAUCGAGAGACCUUUGGGUGCUCACCGGCAGCAGUGAUGUGGUUGAUAGAGCGACUUUAGAAAAGGAGAAUGUAAAGCGCUUCUAUUGCUUUAUAGAUAGCUUACCUCUCAACAUUCCGGACGCACAUUUUUUGGUCUAUUAUGAUUACAUGUUAUAGUCUUUAGAUAAAAAGGAGAGUGGAAUACACAGACUGGUCAAAGCCAACCAUCUCAUUUAGAUUGAGUUGGGCUUAGGUAUUCCAUUUCUUAAUUAAAAAUGGGGCAUUAAAAUACAUAACACACAAGUCUUAUGUAUUUACAUAUCUAGAGCCUUAACUUUCACAUUUACAUAUAUAACACUGUAAUCUUUAAUAUCACAUCCAAAAUACUGCUGCUACUAAACUUUUUCAAAGUGGUGGAAGUUGAUGUUGUCAUGCAUCAGGUUCAUGACACCAUAGUGUUGUAAAAUGUAAAUAUCAAUUUUUAGGGGUUAGGUAUGUAAAUACAAAUGAAUUGUGUGGUUGUAUGUAGAUUUUCCCUUUAAAAUUUCUCCUGAGAUGUUUUGUAAUAAGAUUGAGAUCAAACAUUGCUUUUCUGAACAAUUGUACAUAGAAUUUAUAUUUCUGAAUAGUUGAUGCAAAAGCACACAAUAAAGGGGAAGGAAGAAGUUCUGUGUUUGAAGUGCAAAUUCCAUAUGUUGAUUAAUUGUAUACUUUGUCUUCACUUCUGAGGGAAGUCUUCUGUUUCAAAUGUUUAAAAGUUGCAUCAUGUGAUUUGGCAUUUAGUUUUUUCUUUGUUGGUGGAUUUGAA